AGGGGCUUUCUCAUCAAUUGGGACUUAGCAAAGUUACUUACCAUUCAGGGUCCUCGACAAACCACCCGCAUGGGAACCUGGCAGUUCAUGUCUGCUCACCUCAUUAAAAAUAGUUUUGCUGUCCAUGCUGUUGAGGAUGACCUCGAGUCCAAUCUGUAUGUUGUUCUGUGGAUGGCCUUGAAGUCCAGGGAGAGCUACAUGAGUGUCAUUGACCGGAUGCAAUUCAUUUUGCAGAUCUUCAAUGCUGAUCCGCUGGUGGGGACCGGAGGAUCUGCGAAA